CCGGUGCUAAAGUCGGACGUCUUCAUUCACCUAAGUCUGGAACGUUUUAAAAUGUUUCGAAUACUGUGUGUUCUCGCGUAUUUUAAUUUAGUUCUAAGUGACCCUCUAAACACUUACUGCUGUUUGGAAGAAGAUGGUAUUUUGAGCGAAAAUGAAGCAUUGUGUGUAAAUCCAGUCAAUGAGAGUAAAAAGGCUAUACGGUUCAAUUGUAACAAUACCGUAAGAUUAUUUCAAAAGGAUUACAACUUUACAGUGAACGACGAUGAAUCGGCUACCAUAUAUAUUGGAGAACAAUCUUUCUUACAAGACGCGGGAUCAUUUUGUGCCGCAAAUGAAACUACGAAUAACACGUUAAAAUUGUUAUUAUUUUGUGAAAUGGAGGAAGAGACGACGACGGACUUAGUAUUGAGUUACUGCAUGAUAGUUUCGGCAAUUUUUCUUGCCUUGACCGCUAUACUUUACUGCGCUUUACCGAUUCUAAGAGAUCUACAAGGCAAAAGCAUAAUUUGUUUCUGCGUGAGCUUAGCGCUGGGACUAAUUAUUUUGGCCAUAAUGAAACUCGUUGAAUAUUCCGAUAUGAAUUUAUGCGCUGCUCGAGGCUUCCUGACCUAUUAUUUUAUGGUAUCAAGUUUCUUCUGGAUGAAUUCCAUCUCGAUACAGAUUCUAUUUCGAAUCAAGCGUCCAUCAGUGCCCGACUAUGGCUGGCGCACCUUUUCGUGGUAUGCUCUUUACGCGUUUGGUACACCCGCGCUUAUAACAAUAGCUAUGUCCAUUGUCAACUUCCAUCCUGGAAAACAUCAAAAACCAGGCAUCGGUCUCAACACUUGCUGGUUUUACGAUAAAAGGCAACAAUGGUACUAUAUGUAUAGUGUACUAUCAAUACUCAUGGCAAUAAAUAUAGCUAUAUUUUGCUACUUGUCAGUUUACUUGUGGAGACAAACGUUCCUAUCAACACACGUCAAGGAACUGCGUUAUAAGUUCGGAAUGACAUUAAAGAUGUUUAUUAUUAUGGGUCUGCCCUGGAUAUUUGAAAUGAUUAGUACUUUCUUCGAAGCACAUAUAAUUUGGACAGUCUUGGACAUAUUUAACCUCAUGCAAGGACCCUUAAUGUUCAUCGUACUAGUAGUGCUACGAAAGCGUGUAUUAAAGGCUCUAUACAAAAGUGGUUGCCUGGAUUGCGUUUCCGGUUUAGUUGAGCGAUACCUGGCGAUCGCAGAAGAUGACGAAGAAAUUGUACAACACACCAUUGACGUGCCAUUAGACGAUAAAAAACAUAACAAUAUUUGACGAGAUCUUGUUUGAAAGGAUUUGUGCCUGUUAAGAUGACUACGACUGGUCCGGGAAUUCACUUACCAGGCCAGGGGACUAGGCUAAAAACUUACAACUAAUGUUCAUAAAUGUAUCUCAAUAAGGUUAAGUAAUAUUCAAUCAAAAGCAGCUAUAACUAAUAUUAAUUUCACAUUAACAUUUUAUAAAAUAUUGCAAAUAUCGUUAUUUAUAAAUAUAAAUUUGUAUGCUUUACAAACGACGUUUUAAAAACGAACAAUUUGAUGAGAUCAAAUCAUUUUCAUUCAAUUGAAUUUAUUUAAUCUAUUAUUUUAAUGUACUAGCAUGCUUGUUAUUCAUAAAAAUAAGUCGACACUGGUAAAUAUACGUUUGUCUCUUUCUGUCCAAUUGUGACUAUGCUAUGCUGAAAGAAGAUAGUAGGGUGAAAUUGUUUAAAGAUUGGCGUUCGUUAGAUUGUGAUUGGUCAAUCGAAAAAACGGAUCGUGUCGCGUCUAUGAUAAGAGAUACUGUUGACUAAAUAAUAUUGUGUACCGAUUUAUAUUACCAAAGUCACGAAACUCUUCAAAGGUUACAAUUGUGAUUUAAACUAUAAUAAUUAUACUUAUGCCUGAAGUUUUUCCUUGGUUACUAAUGGUCCCCUUGUCUAUGGGCGUAUCUCACACUUGUUCGUACAGUGAACGAAAACAUCGUGAGGAAUCCGGCAUACUGUCAAAUCUAAAAAUCCACGAUAUGUGGCAGAAAGGAUAAUCAUAUUUGUCUAAGAAAUAAAAAUAAUCAAAGAAAGAGAGGCAAAGGCAAGGCCGCACCAAUAGACUAUUCUUAGUAAUAAUAUAAAUUAAUUUCUUAUAAAAUGAUAAUUGUACUUAUAAUUAGGAGUUUCAAAGAUACCUCUAGUCGAUAAGAUAACAUAUACAUAAAACUGAUAAAAUUGAGAAUAAGGUAAAAUUUUAUAAAACAUUUUAUACGUUAUCAAUGUUUAAAUUUUUCCUAUGUGCCAUGUAUUUAAACUAUGCAUUAUAAUGUACAUAAUAAUAAGUUUAUAUUAAUCGUUAAAGCCUCAAUAUUAUUAAGUAUUUAAUAAAUAAUAAUAUACAUUCUA